UCGUUUUACCAACAGACACAAAAAGACGUCAUUGUACAACUUCAUUUCAAAAUGAAGGCUUUUAUCUGGACCGCAGGUGUGUUAAUUUUCCUGCUGAUUGGCACUGGACACUGUAGAGGAGGACAGUUCAAAAUAAAGAAAAUGACCCAGAGGAGAUACCCUCGUGCCACAGACGGCAAAGAGGAGGUAAAGAAAUGUUCAUACACGUUCCUGGUGCCUGAACAAAAAAUAACGGGGCCAAUCUGUGUCAACACCAAAGGGCAGGAUGCGGGUGCCAUGAAAGACAUGGUCACCAGGAUGGACCUUGAAAACCUGAAGGACGUGCUCUCCAGGCAGAAGCGGGAGAUAGACGUCCUGCAGCUGGUGGUGGACGUGGACGGCAACAUCGUCAAUGAGGUGAAGCUGCUGAGGAAAGAGAGCCGAAACAUGAACUCCCGCGUCACUCAGCUCUACAUGCAGCUGCUGCAUGAGAUCAUUCGGAAGAGGGAUAAUUCACUGGAGCUCUCCCAGCUGGAAAACAAAAUCCUCAAUGUCACCACCGAAAUGCUGAAGAUGGCAACCAGGUACAGAGAACUAGAGGUGAAAUACGCUUCUCUGACUGAUCUUGUCAAUAACCAGUCUGUGAUGAUCACUUUGCUGGAAGAACAGUGCUUGAGAAUAUUUUCCCGACAAGACACCCAUGUGUCUCCCCCUCUUGUCCAGGUGGUGCCACAACAUAUCCCUAACAGUCAUCAGUAUACCCCUGGUCUGCUGGGAGGCAAUGAGAUACAGAGGGACCCAGGGUAUCCCCGAGAUUUAAUGCCACCACCUGACCUGGCGACUUCUCCCACCAAAAGCCCUUUCAAGAUGCCACCUGUAACAUUCAUCAAUGAAGGACCAUUCAAAGACUGCCAGCAAGCCAAAGAAGCCGGGCACUCAGUCAGUGGGAUUUACCUGAUCAAACCUGAAAACAGCAAUGGACCAAUGCAGUUAUGGUGUGAAAACAGUCUGGACCCUGGGGGUUGGACCGUUAUUCAGAAAAGAAAAGAUGGCUCUGUCAACUUUUUCAGAAACUGGGAAAAUUAUAAGAAAGGGUUUGGAAACAUUGAUGGAGAAUAUUGGCUUGGAUUGGAAAAUAUCUACAUGCUUAGCAAUCAAGAUAAUUAUAAGUUGUUAAUUGAACUGGAAGACUGGAGUGAUAAAAAAGUCUACGCAGAAUACAGUAGCUUCCGUCUGGAGCCUGAAAGUGAAUACUACAGGCUGCGGCUGGGAACUUACCAGGGAAACGCAGGGGAUUCUUUGAUGUGGCAUAAUGGAAAACAAUUCACCACACUGGACAGAGAUAAAGAUGUGUAUACAGGAAACUGUGCUCACUUUCACAAAGGAGGCUGGUGGUACAACGCCUGUGCACAUUCUAACCUAAAUGGAGUAUGGUACCGAGGAGGCCAUUACAGAAGCAAGCACCAAGACGGAAUAUUCUGGGCUGAAUACAGAGGCGGGUCAUACUCCUUGAGAGCAGUGCAGAUGAUGAUCAAACCUAUUGACUGA